AUGCAAAAGAAUUAUGACAUGUUAGCGGCAGUGGCCAAUUGGGUUCUUGAUAUGCCUCAUACACGUGAAAUGGGGUCAAGCGACCAGACAGGGCCAUCUGGAUCUGGUACUGUAGUGGUAGCUUCAGCUUCGGUAGGGAUGGGAAAUUCCAGUGGGGGUUCCACUACCAAAGAGGAACAGGAUGAGCUUGUACGAGUUGGAAGAGCUCAAGAUGGAGUAUGGGGUUCCUGA